AUGGAGGACGAGCUCUACCUCGAGAACAUCGACGAGUUCGUCACGGAUCAGAACCGCAUCGUUACGUACAAGUGGCUGAGCUACACUCUGGGAGUUCAUGUCAACCAGGCUAAACAGAUGCUCUAUGAUUACGUGGAGAGGAAACGAAAGGAGAACUCAGGAGCUCAGCUUCAUGUCACCUACUUGGUAGCAGGAAACCUUGUCCAGAAUGGACACAUGUGCCACAAGGUUGCAGUAGUGAGAGAGGAUAAACUGGAAGCAAUGAAGUCCAAACUGGCCACGCUUGCCAGCGUGCACGUGUACAGCAUCCAGAAAGCCCUGCUGAAGGACAGCGGGCCGCUCUACAACACCGACUACGACAUCAUCAAGUCCAACCUCCACAACUGCACCAAGUUCAGCGCCAUCCGCUGUGACACCAGCAAAGACAGGAAGGGGGAGGCCAAGGAGGCCCCAGGGGUGUCCACAGCAAGCAGCAAACCACCAGCAAAGGGCAACAUAAUGAACAACUUCUUUGGAAAAGCUGCCAUGAAUAAACUUAAAGUCAACUCGGUGCCUGAGCAGCCAAAGGAGGAGAAAGAAGUAGUCAAGCCCUCGGUUCCUGUAGCAGAACCAGAGUCAUCCUCUAACAGUGUCGCAGAGAAACCUGGGAAGAAAGCAGAGUCUGUUAGAAUUCAACAGAAGGACAAGAAAAGUAAAAUGAAGAGGAUGGACAAGUCAGAUAACGAGGAGGAACGAGAUCCUGAAAGCCAAAAGAAGAAGAGGAAGCGAAUCAAACAACUCGAGUCUGACAGCAGUGAUGAGGAAGGUGUCCCUCCACCUCCCACACCUGAGGAAGAGAAAGCUCCAUCUCCACCUCCUGCACCUGCUCUGAAAACUGAGCUGGAGCCUGUAGCCACAGAGGUUUCAGCUGGAGGGAGGAAGAGGAAACGGAAGCGUGUGCUGAAGUCCAAAAUGUUCAUCGACGAAGAGGAAGGCUGCAUGGUGACUGAGAAGGUUUACGAGAGCGAAUCCUGCACAGAUAGUGAGGAUGACUUUGCCAAGUCCAAGCCACCAGCUCCACACAAACAACCUCCACUGCCUGUGAAGAAAGAACCAAAGGAAGAAAGGAAGAACCUGAAGAAAGGGGCAGCCGCUGCCAACAGGGCCAACAAACAGGUCUCCAUCAUGGGUUUUUUUCAGAAGAAAUGA